AAUUUAGGGUUUCAGAGACGACCACGUUACCUCCGUCACGAAACCGCCAGUGACUCUAUCAUCUUCACCUCUCGCAUCUUCUUCUUCUUCUUCAUCUUCACGAAGCAAUUAAAGAGAAUCAAUCAACUAGCUAAAAAUCGGAAGAAACACAAGCCGAGGUUUAUAAUCUAUGGCGUCUAAGGUAAUCUCUGCCACAAUCCGUCGAACCCUAACCAAUCCACACGGGGCUUUUUCCCGGUGUCGCCACCUAUCAACCGCCGCUGCUGCGACGGCGGUGAAUUACGAGGAUGAAUCGAUUUUGAUGAAAGGAGUUCGAAUUUCAGGUAGACCUCUUUAUUUAGAUAUGCAAGCGACGACUCCGAUUGAUCCUAGAGUAUUCGAUGCGAUGAAUGAUUCCACGAUCCAUGAGUACGGUAAUCCUCACUCGCGGACGCAUAUGUACGGCUGGGAAGCUGAGAACGCCGUCGAGGUCGCUCGAAUCCAGGUCGCGAAACUGAUCGAAGCUUCACCGAAGGAGAUCAUAUUCAUGUCCGGUGCGACAGAGGCGAAUAAUACGGCGGUGAAAGGAGUGAUGCACUUUUACAAGGACACGAAGAAACACGUUAUCACUACACAGACUGAGCACAAGUGUGUGCUUGAUUCCUGUAGGCAUUUGCAGCAAGAAGGAUUUGAGGUAACUUAUUUGCCUGUGAAAACUGAUGGAUUGGUUGAUUUAGAGAUGUUGAAAGAAGCUAUUAGGCCAGACACAGGGCUAGUUUCGAUUAUGGCUGUGAACAAUGAGAUUGGUGUGGUUCAGCCUAUGGAGGAGAUUGGUAGGAUUUGCAAAGAGCAUAAUGUUCCGUUUCAUACUGAUGCUGCUCAAGCUAUUGGGAAGAUACCUGUUGAUGUUAAGAAGUGGAAUGUUGCUUUGAUGUCAAUGAGUGCUCACAAGAUCUAUGGACCAAAAGGUGUUGGUGCUUUGUAUGUGAGGAGGAGGCCGAGAAUUAGGCUUGAGCCGUUGAUGAAUGGUGGAGGUCAGGAGAGGGGGUUGCGUAGUGGCACAGGGGCUACGCAACAGAUUGUUGGGUUUGGUGCUGCUUGUGAAUUGGCGAUGAAGGAGAUGGAGUAUGAUGAGAAGUGGAUUAAGGGACUGCAGGAGAGGUUGCUGAAUGGGAUUAGAGAGAAGCUUGAUGGGGUUGUGGUGAAUGGUUCAAUGGAUAGUCGAUAUGUAGGGAAUCUGAAUUUGUCAUUUGCUUAUGUUGAAGGAGAGAGUCUGUUGAUGGGGUUGAAGGAAGUUGCAGUGUCUAGUGGAAGUGCUUGUACUAGUGCGAGUUUGGAGCCUUCUUAUGUGUUGAGAGCUUUGGGUGUGGAUGAGGACAUGGCUCACACUUCGAUUAGGUUUGGGAUUGGUAGGUUUACCACGAAGGAAGAGAUUGAUAAAGCAGUCGAGCUUACGGUUAAACAAGUUGAGAAGUUGAGGGAAAUGAGCCCGCUUUAUGAAAUGGUUAAAGAAGGUAUCGAUAUCAAGAACAUUCAAUGGUCUCAACACUGAUUCAACAGUUCCACUCAAACUGUUGUGCGGGACGACCGGUCUGUGCGCAGCCGGGGUAUGAGCCAUGCUGAGAUGUUAGUAUGAACUAUGAUAUGAUCCUGAGUUCUUACUAUGUUCUGUUGGUAAGUUAUCUAUAUUGCUUUUUAGAGAGAUUUCAAGUGAGAGUUUCUUGUGUGGUGUUGUAAUAAAACAGAGCAGGAACA